AACUCCAACUAAUCCAACCUCUCGAGCCGUAAGCAUCCUUAAAGCCCCAUCCUUCUCUUACACAAACCCUAGAAGCAGAAACAAGAAACAACCCGAGAGAGAUCCCACGAAAGAGAGACCGAUCUUUCCAUCGCCAUCACUCUCACAAGUCCACACAAAACGCCAAGAAACCCUCCUUUCCAAUGGCCGACAAGAGCCGCAACGACGCCGAGCCGCCCCCGCCCCAUGAGGAGAGGCGCAAGAAGCGGAUGAAAUGGGCCGCCUACAUCGCCGCCUUCGCCGUGUUCCAGGUCGCCGUGAUCCUCGUCUUCGUCCUCGUCGUCAUGAAGGUGCGGACGCCCAAGUUCCGGGUCGGCGCGAUCCGGAUCCAGAGCCUGGACGCGGCCCGGACGCCGUCGCCGUCCUUCGACGCGAGCUUCGUCGCCCCGAUCCGAGUCAAGAACGGCAACUUCGGGCCCUACAAGUACGCCGCCGCCGCCGUCAACUUCACCUACGGCGGCGUCCAGGUGGGCCACGUGACGAUCCCCAAGAGCAAGGCCCACUUCAUGUCCACCAAGAAGAUCGACAUGAACGUGACUCUGAGCUCCGCUAGCUUGCCCGGCAGCGCCAAUUCCACCCUCAAGAGCGAGCUGAGCUCGGGAGUGCUGACCCUGAGGAGCGAGGGCACGUUGAGCGGGAAGGUGGAGCUGAUGCUCAUCUUCAAGAAGAAGAAGUCGACGAGGAUGAACUGCACCAUGGAGAUCAACGUCUCGCCCAAGACGCUCAAGUCCGUGACCUGUGAAUGAGACGGGCGGCCGGCGAUUCGUCCCCGUCCGGCGCGAGAGUUGCCAUGAGCGGAGCUCGGAGGAAUAUGGUUGGAGUGAAGAAGACGACAGGCUAAAGAUUUUCGAAUUUUCUUUGCUUUUCCUUUAUAACGCAAGUGGGAUUUGGUUGGUGUGAAGGUGAUAAGGUGUCGGGCCCAUGUUGGCCUACCAAUGCUUGUGAGUCUCCAUUAUUGUGCGUAAAGCUUUUUGAAAAGUGAAGGCCAAGUGGGGGUCAGGAUCGGCGGCCGAGAAGACUUCAUUAUUUUCCUUUUUUUAAAAUAUUUUUGUGGGUAUUAUUAUUAAUCUUUUUUUUUUGGGUGUA